AUGAAGCUUCUACGACAUCUGACGCUGCUCACCUGCUUGGCGUCAGCGCAAAAUGAGCGGCCUGCCCAGUCUGAAGUCCCGGCAGUCCGGACAUACUUCUAUGUCGGCGGUGGAUACAGCGACGAUGGCAAGGGCGGUCACAUAUUCAAGGACCAAAUGUACGUCGAAAAGCUAUCGCCUGCUUUAACCGAACAAGAUGUGAAGGAUCCAAUCAUUCUGAUCCAUGGACAAGGUCAGACCGGAACAAACUUUCUCGUUAAGCCGGACGGAGGUAUGUCAUGGACUUCACACUUUCUAGCGGCCGGUCAUACAGUCUACAUUGUGGAUCAAACCUUCCGUGGCCGCUCUGCAUGGGCACCUAGGGCAGGCGCUGAUGCACCGUCGACUUACUCUGCUGAGCUUAUCCAACAACGCUUCACUGCUCCACAGCAAUAUCGCCUCUGGCCUCAAUCCACACUUCACACUCAAUGGCCGGGAACGGGCAUUAUGGGCGAUCCAACUUUCGACGCUUUUUAUUCCUCGAAUGUCCAGUUCAUCUCCAAUGCCACCUACCAGCAAAGUACUGUGCAGUCGGCAGGAGCACAGCUUUUGGAUCUGAUCGGGACUCCGACUUGGUUGAUCGGUCACAGUCAAGGAGGACUCAUGCCGUUGCUGAUAGCCGAUGCUCGGCCCCAUCUCACGAAGGGCCUUAUUUUGAUAGAACCGACUGGCCCCCCAUUCCAGGAAGCCGUUUUCGGGUCUGCAUCCGCGCGAAAGUGGGGUUUGACAGAUAUACCGAUGAAUUAUUCACCACCGGUGACUGACCCUGUGCUCGAGUUUGUACGUCAGGUGUACCAACCUGCGAACCUAACAAGCGACAACUCGACCGUUCCUUGUGUGUUGCAAGCAGUAGAUCCGGCACCAAGGCAACUUCCUAAUCUUGCGCCGUUACCGAUUCUUACUGUCACGUCAGAAGCCAGCUACCACGCGCCAUACGACUAUUGUACAGUUGAGUUCCUCAAGCAGGCAGGUUGUUCCAAGGCUACACAUCUCGAGCUCGGAAAAGUUGGUAUCCACGGCAAUGGGCAUAUGAUGUUCAUGGAGAAGAAUAGUGACGAGAUAUGGGAACGUCUUCACAGUUGGAUAGAAGAAUCUUAA